AUGGAUAGGACGACGACGGCAUUGCGAAACCUGUGCGCAUCACCCACAGACGGAACUUGCACGACGGGGCGUUGUGAUUCAUCAGAUGAAAGCAUAAGUCGUGCCACCAAUUUACUGAGCAGCAAAGGUUUCGGUGAAUACGACCUGUUCGAAAACAAUUGCGAGGCCUUUGCAAUUUACUGCAAAACCGGCAAGCAUAUGAGCGGGCAGGCAUUCUCUGCUGUUAAUUUGGCUAAACACGCAGUCAAAUCAUUCUUGAAGAAUAAAAUUGAUAGGCUUCUUCAGGAUGUGCAGGUUCAUGACCCAACCAAACUCAUGGAGUUGAAACAAACUAUUGAAACUCAGAUUAAAUUACCCUUUAAGGAAAUGAUAGCCAAUCUCGAAAAGCUCUUAAACAAGGAUGUUGACCAAGAUGAACUCGACGAGGUUAUAGAGUCAAUGGAGAAGGAGGAGGACAAGGUCGACGCAUCUGAAUCAUCAUCCUCCCUACUAUCUUAA